AUGAAAGUAGAAGAAUUAAUCAUAGAUGGAUUUAAAUCGUAUGCUACAAGAACAGUGAUUUCACAUUGGGAUCCCCAAUUCAAUGCAAUUACUGGUCUCAAUGGAUCGGGUAAAUCAAAUAUUUUGGAUGCAAUUUGUUUUGUUUUGGGUAUUUCCUCAAUGGCCACUGUUAGGGCAUCCAACUUGCAAGAUUUGAUUUAUAAGAGAGGCCAAGCUGGUGUUACUAAAGCCAGUGUUACGAUUGUUUUUGAUAAUACAGAUAGGAAUAAUUCUCCUAUUGGAUUUGAAACAUACUCAAAAAUUUCUGUGACAAGACAAGUGAUGUUGGGCGGUACAAGCAAAUAUCUAAUUAAUGGUCAUCGAGCCCAACAACAAACCGUGUUACAUUUAUUUCAAUCUGUCCAAUUAAAUAUUAACAAUCCCAAUUUUUUAAUUAUGCAAGGUAAAAUUACAAAAGUUUUAAACAUGAAGCCUAAGGAAAUUCUCGCUCUUAUUGAGGAGGCAGCAGGUACUAGAAUGUUUGAGGAUAGACGCCAAAAGGCAGAGAAAACAAUGACUAAAAAGGAAAGCAAAUUAGUUGAAAUUACAAGUAUUUUACAAGAAGAAAUCGAACCCAAAUUGGAAAAGUUAAGAGGUGAGAAAAGGGCAUUUUUGGAGUUCCAGGAAAUCCAAACAGAUUUAGAAACUACCCAGAGAAUAGUUGAUGCAUUUGAGUAUUAUAUGUAUGUUACCAAAUACCAGAAUGUCCAAAAAAUAACAACUACACAACAAUCGACGUUGGAAGAGUAUUCCAAAUCAAUGGAAACGUUAAAGAGGGAGCUAGCAAACUUAAAUGAAGAUCUAGCUGAAAUGGAAAUUAAAAGAGAAAAAAGUCUGGAUAAGGAAGGUGCUUUUCUAAAGUUAGAAAAAAAAGAACAGGCAAUAAAUAAUGAUAUAUCACGAAUUCAUACAACAAUUAGUAUCAAAGAAGACGAUAUGAAGGAACAGGACACAAGAUUACUUGAACUUCAAAAAGAUUUGGAUAAAUUGAAAGGUGCAUUGGAAUUCAAGUCUGAGUCAUUUAAGGAAAAGAAGCUUGAAUAUGAUCAAGCGCAAAAUAAAAUGAAUAAUUUAAAAAAAAAACAUGCAGAAAAAGAAGCAUUACUAUCAUCACUAACUACAGGCAUAUCCUUGACAUCUGGUGAACAAGGUGGCUACAUGGCCCAGAUUUCAUCGACAAAAAAAGAUUUGAAUGAUUGUGUGAUUUCCAUUAAGAGUGCUGAAAUGAAAAUUUCUAGACUGGAAAAUGAAUUGGUGAAAAACCAACCACGAUUAGAACAAGCAAAGCUCGAAAAGGCUAAACUUGCAGAGGAUAUUGAGCAGUUAAAAAAGCAAAAGAAAUAUUUGGAAGCCAAAUUAGCGGACGCUGGUUUUAAUCUCUUAGAUCUAAAACAAUUAAAAGAAAGGGAAGUUUCUUUACGUGACGAGAUUUAUAAAAUAUCAAACGAAGUGGAACAAUGGAAACGCAAAUUAUACAACAUAGACUUUACAUACUCAAGCCCGUCACCAAAUUUUGAUUCAAACUCGGUUAAAGGUGUUGCUGCCACUUUGUUUGUUAUAAACGAUGAAAAUUUAAAUGCUGCUAAUGCAUUGCAAGUGUGUGCUGGUGGUAGACUUUUUAACGUGGUUGUUGAUAAUGAAAAAACUGCUUCUCAAUUGUUAGAAAGGGGUAGGCUUCGUAAAAGGGUAACUAUUAUUCCGUUGAACAAAAUCGCUGCAAGGAAACUAAGGGAAGAUACGGUCAAAUUUGCAAAACAACUUGCUACUUCGCCGGAGAACGUAGAAUUAGCUUUGAAUUUGAUAGGUUAUGAAGCAGAAGUGGCAAAGGCUUUAGAAUUUAUUUUUGGCACCAGCUUAAUUUGUAAAGAUUCUGAUACCGCCAAGAUAGUCACAUUCCAUCCGCAAAUUAGGACAAGAAGUAUUACGUUGCAAGGCGAUGUGUACGAUCCAGAGGGUACUUUAUCAGGGGGAUCAAGAGGUGGCAAUUCCUCGUUAUUGCUGGACAUUCAAAAAUAUAACAAAAGUGCGAAGCAGCUAAAUUUGCUACAAAAAGAGAUUUCUAUUGUGCACGAUAACAUUAAAACAUUUGAAAAGAAAUCAACUGUAACCAGAGAACUUCAAGAUUCCUUAAAUGUUUGUGAUUAUAAAUUGCAAUUAGCUGAAAAGGAAAAUCAAUCCAACUUGGCAACUCAAAUACUUAAUAGGAAACAGGAGAUUUUAAAAGAGAUUGCAAAUUUUAAAAAGGAUAUCACCAGUAAAAUGCAAGAAAAGGACCAUUUGGAAGCUAAAAUGGGUGAAAUUCAAAAAGAAAUUGACGAUUUUGCCAAAGACAAAGGAUCCAAAUUGAAUGAAUUGAAACAACAAGUUUCCACACUUACUUCAGAAGUAGAUCGUUAUAAAGUCAUUUAUGAAAAUUUAUACGAUGAGUAUCAAAAUUUGGAACUUGAAAGGGAUCAGCUAAUAUCUGAGAUCAAUCAAAGCAAAGAAAGUGAAGGUACAAUUAGAAAUAAUUUAGAGCAACUAAAGAAGGAUUUAACUCAACUUAAAUCUAGCAUGGAUGGGUUACAAGAAAAAGGUCUGCUGAUUACAGAAGAAUUGGAACAUGAAAGAUCCAGAUUGUUGGAAAUGGACAACGAAAUCAAGGAACUUCAGUUAUCCGUUAGAAAUAAAACAAAGAGCUAUAAUACAAUUGAGUUGGAACACCAAAAACUAACUAAUGAGCAUGAAAAGUUCAGGCAUGAUAUUGGCUCGAUACGUGAAAGAAUCCAAAAAUUAAAAGAAAACAAUGACUGGUUAACUGAUGAUAACUAUGUGUCGAGUAUUGUGGAACAGAAUCAAAAUAUAGACUUGGAUGAGUAUAAAAAAAGAAGUAGGCAAUUAGAAGAAAAGUUCAAUGGAUUAAGGCGUAGGGUCAAUCCCAACAUUAUGAGCAUGAUUGAUAGCGUAGAGAAAAAGGAGGGUGCAUUGAAAACAAUGAUCAGGACCAUUGAAAAAGAUAAACAAAAAAUUCAAGAAACAGUUGAGAAAUUAAAUGAGUAUAAAAAAGACGCGUUGAUUAAAACAUGGGAAAAAGUUAGUGUUGAUUUUGGACAAAUUUUUGCUGAACUAUUGCCUAAUUCUUUUGCAAAAUUAGUUACACUAGAAAACAAAGAGAUUACAGAGGGUUUAGAGGUCAAAGUGAAAUUAGGUAGUAUAUGGAAGGAAGGUCUAGUAGAAUUGUCUGGUGGCCAACGAUCCUUGAUUGCAUUAUCCCUAAUUUUAGCCUUGUUGCAAUUCAAACCUGCACCAAUGUAUAUUUUGGAUGAAGUUGACGCUGCUUUAGAUUUAAGCCAUACGCAAAAUAUUGGGCAUUUAAUAAAGACAAGAUUUAAAGGUUCCCAAUUUAUAGUUGUUUCUUUGAAAGAAGGUAUGUUUUCGAAUGCUAAUAGGGUAUUUAGAACAAGAUUUCAAGAGGGCACUUCAGUGGUAAGUAUAAUGAAUUAA